UAUUGGCUAAACUUAACCAGGGGCGGAGAAGAAUGGGGUGUGUGGAGGUCCGAGCCCCAAGUGUCUGUGGUAUGAUGUACACUAAACCAAUAGUAACCUGCCCGAUGUAUUAAACUCUUUAAAUGUGCCGAUCUGACAUCACCUGAUAUAUUGAACAAUUAUGAAGUGGUUAUGAUCGAACUGUAUUUGGCAAAUAUCCAAAGUUUUUCCCCCCAAGUAUACGAAUCAUACUUUGUCACUUCUAUUUAUAUAAAUAGUUUAAUGUAGUUUUUUGUGCUAUUUUUCUAUGUAAUAAUUAACCAGUAUUUGGCAGGUACCCCUAAAUAAAUUGUCAUUUCUUAAUAUAGACCUUGUGGUCAAUUGAGUAUUCUUCUGUAAAAUAGUUCUCCAUAGGACUCGAAAUAGAAAAAUGUCUGCCUCAGCAGUCUAUAUCCUGGAUGCAAAGGGGAAGGUUCUGAUCUCCAAGAACUACCGAGGAGAUAUCAACAUGUCUGUGAUAGACAAAUUUAUGCCGAUGAUUAUGGACAUGGAAGACGAGGGUCAAUUAUCGCCGAUAGUUCAACAUGAAGACAUUACAUUUAGCUACAUCAAAUACAAUGGUCUGUUCCUGGUCGCAUCUUCAAAGACGAAUGCCAACGUGGCACUAGUGUUCUCGUUUCUACAUAAAAUUGUGGAGAUUUUCCUGGAAUAUUUCAAAGAGCUGGAAGAAGAAAGUAUACGUGAUAACUUUGUGUUGAUUUAUGAACUUUUGGAUGAGGUGAUGGAUUUUGGCUUCCCUCAAACCACAGACAGCAAAAUUUUACAGGAAUAUAUUACGCAGGAUGGACACAAAUUGGAAAUAGCUCCUCGUCCACCUAUGGCUGUCACAAACGCUGUGUCCUGGAGAUCUCAGGGACUCAAAUACAAAAAGAAUGAAGUGUUCCUAGACGUCAUUGAGUCUGUGAACUUACUGGUGGGUGCAAAUGGAAAUGUGUUAAGCAGUGAGAUAUUGGGAGCUAUGAAGAUGAGGGUGUAUCUUUCUGGCAUGCCGGAACUGAGGCUCGGGCUCAAUGAUAAAGUGUUGUUUGAAUCCAUUGGAAGAGGAAAAAGUAGGUCAGUAGAACUGGAAGACACAAAGUUUCACCAGUGUGUUAGACUGUCACGGUUCCAGAACGAUAGAACUAUAUCUUUCAUACCACCAGAUGGAGAAUUUGAACUCAUGUCAUACAGGCAUAAUGCUCCUGUUAAACCUAUAAUAUGGGUGGAAUCAGUAAUAGAAAGACAUGCACACAGUAGAGUAGAGUAUCUGAUAAAAGCGAAGAGUCAGUUUAAGAGACGAUCAACUGCUAACAAUGUGGAGAUAGUAAUUCCUGUACCACCAGAUGCGGAUUCUCCCAGGUUUAAAGCUACAGUGGGCAGUUGUAAAUAUGCUCCAGAAAUGAAUGCAGUACUUUGGACCAUUAAGUCCUUCCCAGGUGGCAAGGAGUAUACGAUGCGCGCGCACUUUAGUUUACCAAGUGUUGAGAAUGAGGAACAGGAAGCACGUCCACCAAUCAGUGUCAAGUUUGAGAUCCCUUACUUCACUGUGUCUGGAAUACAGGUUCGUUACUUGAAGAUCAUCGAGAAGAGUGGAUACCAAGCUCUACCCUGGGUUAGAUACAUCACGAGAAGUGGUGACUACCAACUACGGACAAGCUGAGAUACUCUUCAGUUUAGAUGAUUCUUUGAGACUUCACAGAAAUAAUAGUAAUGCUUGAUUCUACAGUGAUCAAAGUCAAUAAGUUUCUGAUACAUUUAUCUCUUUAAAGUACCAGGUUACCAAAUUUGUAUUUGCUUGUAUUAUAAGAAUGACAGCUGACAGUUACUAGGUAACGUUUAAGUUCCAUAAGGCUUUCACAUUUAUGUUAAAAUCAGAUGAAACAGCUGUCCAAAUAGAUGUUAUGCAUAAUUACAUGGUUAGAAUAAUACAACUUUCAUUACUGCACAUGAACUUACUCCAUUAGACUCAUAAAGGGAGGUAAUAAAAACAAUGAUUCAGUAAAACUUCCUAUUGUGUUAACUUUUAACAAUUGUUAGAGAAAUAAAUUAUUGAAAACAGGCUGUAACAAGAAAUCAAUAUAUUUUAUAUUCACAACAAAACAUGUGACAGCCACAUUAUAAACAAAGGUAUUAUGAGCCUUUAACUAAUAUCAUAAAACGCGCUUGUUACGUUUUAACAACUUUCUUGUAAACUACACUUUGGGAAACUGAAUCGAACAGCGAUCCGAAUUUGCUAUAUAUUUCUCACUUUUUGUUGUAAUGUCAAGAACAUGUAGAUAUUAUAGAUGUCGAGUGAAAUUGCUAGAGCAAACCUUGUAGAAGAUCACCAGGAAGCAUCGAACGUAACCAACCAAUCAGAAAAAAGUGGUGGAGAUUGUUUGACUGAAUCAACCUCUUUGCUACUCAGUAUUUCCUACUGUGUAAGAACCAGAUACAAACAGCAGUAACCGUCAUUCUAGCAUAUUACGCUUUGUGGUUUUUUAGUUUUAACAUUUACGUUUAUGACCAAAAUGUGUUUUGAUAGAAAAAUAUCUGUGAAAUUGA